CUUAGCUUUGACGCCGAAGUAAAGGCUGUUGGCUACAUGCGUCCGGAGGAAGACCCUGGAUUUAUUCAGAAGGAAAAUGUGGCUUUUCGCACAGCGGCAGGCAAAGUUUUAACGAUCAGCGAGCAAGCGUUGGAAUUUGCCGAGAAAAGGUUCCAACAGGAGAAGAACUUCGAUAGAAUCACCGAAGGACGUUUUGAUUUUGUGGAGGAAGAAAUACCUGAGUUACCCGUUGACCUUGCGGCGGAAUUCGACGGAGUCGAGGAUUACAUACCCUGCGCGAUUCCGUGCGAUUCAUUCGCUCUCGAGCUUGAGUUAGAGGAAGGGGAAAACGAAGCAUCAGCGAAGAAUCGUCCUUCGACCUCUUCGACGGCGCAGAUGUCCAGAGUUCCAUUGCAGGAGCUGCACUUCAAGUUCUACAAUACGCAGCAGGAUCAGGAAGAAGACUCAUAUGUCACCAAGCAGAUGACCAGGGUUUCCAAGAGGAAUCUUUUAGCCUUCCUGCAGCAGACGGUAAAGAAAUACGUGGAAAGCAAGAAUCUGCUGAAAAGAGCGUUGGACGUGCGGCAAGAAUCUGUAGAAAACCCUAUGGCUAUACUGCGAGACCCGGAUUUCUUAGAAAGGCAGGACGAACCUAUCUCCAUGGUCGGUUUCAGAACUGCCGGAGGCGGGUCAAUCAGCGUCAACCCAGAGUCGCUAGAAAAUGCCGCUUCUUUGUUGGCAAGGAGCUAUCAAAGUAACGACGAAGACUUUCUGACUCCGGAAACUGACAAGAUGGAUGUUCAGCAAGAAUCCAUAGAAAGUGUUAUUGUUUUACCACGUAAUCCAGUUUCAGGAAGUAGGCGUGAUGAAUCUACCAUUGUAUCUAUGGUCGGUUUCAAAACUGCUGGAGGGGAGUCAAUUAGAGUCAAGCAAGAAUCGCUCGAGAAAGCUGCUGCCCUGCUGACGACCAGUCAUGAAAGUGGUGAGGAGAUAUUUCCGGCUCUAGAAAUGAGCAGCGAUAAUCAAUCGUUUGCCGUGAAACACCGCGACCUGGAGACUGGCAUCAAGAAAGAAGCGGACCACUCUGUCGUUGCCUCUGCUUUCGACACUACCAGUGACAAAGCGAUACUGAUCAGCAAGAACUCGGUCAAAAAGGUUCAUCAAUCGUUUGUCGCCGAAGCAGCCAUUGCCAAGGCCAGCGAAGUACCUGCUGAGAUAGUCCAUGACCUCAGUAAUUGCGAUUCGCCUCGCUCCGUGAGGCCAAAAUUUCCUCGAGGCCGAGGUACCCGAAGCCCCUUUCUUCCACCCAGAAAAUGUACAAAGCCACUUAUGCCGAAAAGCGUCGCAGCAUACCCUGUUUCAAAAACUCCCACGUCUGGAGAUCAUCGCCUGCUAAACUCAUUUCGUGCAUCGCCAAAUGUUGACGAAAAACUUGUCUCGUACGAAUGGCUAAAGAAUCACUACCGAUGGAUCGUGUGGAAAUUGUCGGCUAUGGAAAAGAGUUUCCCAUUGCAUUGCGCCGGAAAAUGCCUUACGCUGAACAACGUCAUGCUUCAGCUGAAGUACCGUUACGAUCGCGAGAUAGAGCAUUCUCAUCGCAGUGUCAUCAAAAAGAUUCUCAACCAUGAUCAUCCUGCAGCGGCGCCCAUGGUGCUCUUUGUGGCAGAUAUUUUGGAAAGCGACUUGAAAGAUGCCCUGGUCACGGUAGUACUCUCGGACGGAUGGUACCAGAUCAAAGGACAAUGUGACAAAGUUUUGAGUCGUCUCGUGAGGUCUUUACAGAUAACCGUAGGUAUGAAGCUAUUCAUCGUGGGGGCGACGCUCUAUGGUGCUGAAGAAGGUUGUGAACCUUUAGAGGCCCUGAAUUCAGUUCGGCUGGCUAUAUGUGUGAACGGCGUGCGUCGCGCCCGUUGGUACACUAAACUCGGUUACCAACGCGUUAAGGACCCAUCGUUUUGGGUCACGUCGCUCUACCAUGAUGGUGGCAUGAUUCCUUCUGUGGAUGUCUUCCUCCUCCGCAAAUAUCCCCUGCUGGUAAGCAAUCUUUAA